CACACACACACACACACACACACAUACCUGAGCUGGAGGUGGGCUGCGCUGCUGGAGGGGCUUUUCGCCGCAACUUUUCUGAAGGUGCUCGCUCGUGGUUUUGGGGGGAGAGGCGAGUGUCCGGCGUCUCCUCUUACCUUCUUCUCUUCCUCCUGGAAUGCUAAAACUGGGCUGAUGGACAUUUCCGAACUUUGCAUCCCUGAUCCUCUCAGCUAUCAUAACCAGCUGCUGAACAGGAUGGCUGCUGAGGAGCGGCACAUGACUUCCAGCUGUGGCUCCUACAUCAAGACCGAGCCCUCCAGUCCGUCCUCUCUGGUGGACACGGCCAGCCACCCUAGUCCCGGCGCGCAUUCGGACGCCAGCGGCGGCUACGGCAGCACCAUCAACAGCCACUCCAACGGCCUGGACUCUCCGCCCAUGUUCACGGCAGGUGGGCCGCUGAGCGCGGCGGGGAGUGCCUGCCGCAAACGCUACGAGGACUGUUCCAGCACAUUACUGGAGGACCCCGGCUCCAUCAAGUGCGAAUACAUGCUCAACUCCAUCCCAAAACGCCUGUGCCUGGUGUGCGGAGACAUCGCGUCGGGGUAUCACUACGGCGUGGCCUCCUGUGAAGCCUGCAAGGCCUUCUUCAAGAGAACAAUACAAGGUAACAUCGAGUAGAGCUGUC